AAAUCGCAAAAAAAUGUUUAAAUAAGUAAAAAGUGAAUGGUGGGGGCGUUACUUACUGCGCAAACGCGGCACAACUUUCGAUUACAUUCUGUCUUAUAAAAACUACAGUUUCGCAAAUUUCUAUUCAGUAACGCGUAGAUUUAUAUUGCAAAGUGAUAACUUAUAUCUGUUUUUAAUAUCUAUAUAAAAUAUACUUGCUCUUUAAUUAAUUCAAACGGUAUAUUAUCAUAUCAUGUUCAAAUCACAAUUUUAUCUUCACAAAAAACGAGUAAAAAUUUAGCAAAAUUAUUUUAAAUAAAACAGAAAGAAAAACAUUCUUAAGAUAAAAAACAUAUAUUUGAAAAAUUAUAAAUUAGUAAUAAGAAAUAAUUACUUAAUAGAUUUUAAACUCAAUGACUGUUUGGAGAAAAUUAUUUGGUAAAUAUCUUCUAGUCACAAAUACUGUGAGCUGUGGCUUAAUGAUGGCAAUAGCAGAUAUUAUUCAACAACGUAAUGAAUACUUAAAAAAAUAUAAAUAUUUACCAAAUGGAACUUAUGUAAUGGCAGCAUCUCCAGAUAUAGAACAAAAGUUUCAUUUAAAGAUUUCUGAUAUUUAUAUGCACGAUUAUGUGCGAACUAAAAAUAUGAUGAUUGUAGGCCUAUUUCAAGGUCCCUUUCAUCACUGGUUCUAUAUGAUUUUAGAAAAGGUAUUGCCCGGAAAAAAUGCUAUAUCCGUUAUUAAAAAAACUUGUCUAGAUCAAACUAUUGCCAGCCCAAUUUGUCUAGGAAUAUUUUUUAUUGGUCUUGGCUUUUUAGAACAUCACAAUAUGAAAGAGAUUCAUGAAGAGAUGAAAGUGAAAUUAUACGACACGUGGAAGAUUGAUUGCUGUUUUUGGCCUCCAACACAAUGUGUAAAUUUUUUCUUCAUACCGCUUCGUUAUAGAGUAUUAUAUACUAAUUUUAUGACAAUGAUUUAUGAUAUUUUUCUGUCAUAUAUGAAAUAUGUAAGUUUUUUUUUAAUUUUUUCUCAAAUUUUUUCAUAA